AUGACCACUCCUAAACCUCUAGAGUACUCGGCUGAUUUGCAGGAGUUUGCCAUUCCUGCACCAGCGUACUUGAGUCAACAUCCCCAACAUGAUGUCCUGGUCACUGGAGCAGUGGUGUUUGACAAGGAUGGCAAGCUUCUGCUGGUACAACGUGCAGCCGAUGAGAGAGCGUUUCCCGAUUUCUGGGAGAUUCCCGGGGGCAAGGUGGAAGAUGACGACGAAACAAUUCUACAUGCUGCGGCACGGGAGUUGAAGGAAGAAACGGGACUUGGGGCGACCCGGGUGCUUCGAAAGGUGGCGCAGUUUACAUUUGAGGACGAGAAGCCCGGUCGGCCGACGACUCGGUGGUUGAAGCUCAUUUUCGAGAUGGAGGUGGAGCAUGCUGACGCCGUCGUACUUGACCCGGUGGAGCAUCAGCGGUUUGUGUUUGCUUCUGAGGAAGAGGUCGUCAAUGAGCGGGCGGGCGAGAUAGUGUUCAAAUACAUCAACGCGACGAACAAGGCGGUCAAGCUCGAGGCUUUCCAGCGCAGAGGGGAGGCCCAGCCGUCUUGA